AUGGGUAAGGUUCACGGAUCUCUCGCUCGUGCCGGUAAGGUCAAGGCCGCCACUCCUAAGGCAAUACAGGUUGAGCCCCAGGAGAAGAAGAAGACCCCCAAGGGCCGCGCCUACAAGCGUGUCCUGUACACCCGCCGUUUCGUCAACGUCACCAUGACCGGUGGCAAGCGCAAGGUAUAUAUCGACUGA